AUGGAGAACCAAAAUCCGUACAAAGCUCCAUCAGCACCAAGUGAGCAAGCCAGAGAGCGAGACAUGAGAGAAUCAACCAUCACUGUGGCGCCCUCGUCCCAGCAACCUCUCCUCGACCAGGAUACAAACGUCAACCUAUGCCAGCUUCUAGUGGACACCUUUGAGAAAGUCGGCAAGGCUUCCGGUGCCGGCGGUUUGGACACGAGCAAAUGGGCUGUUAAGGAUGGGGAGAAUCUGUCGCGUCACAGAUAUAGAUCGAAUCCAGCACAAUAUCAUCAUUCUCGUCGUCAUCAUCAUCAUCAUCAACAACAACAAGAGGAGCUGAUGCUACCGCAACAAAAUCAGCUCAGCGUUAGUGGAUCGCCGAGAAUUGGUACAUCUCAUACCAUUCCGCAAGACUACCAGCAGCGGAAGUUUUAUUCUCCGCAGCACGACGAGAAUAUGCACAGUAAGAACCCGGCAGGAGCAAGGGGGGACAGUCCCAGAUCUAGACAGCCUUCUUCGACAAGUUUCGAAGCUACUACUUCUACCCGAGAGGGAGACGCUACGCGAAUCAUCAGUAUUAGAGACGUCGAUAUGGAUGUUGAUAUAGGUUCACUUCGCGCGUUAGUCGGACAGUGUAUUGAUCCAGGGCUCGAGAGGAUUGUAGAUGUUUGGGAGGCGGGGGAUACAUGCCGCACGCUAACGCUACAUUUCACCACGGCCAGCAAAGCGAUUAUGUUCUCCUCUUUGCUUGGUCGGUUGCAUAGCUGGUCCAAAUAUAAGGUUGACUACGCUCCUGCAAAUAAUCUCUGAGUGAGUGAGUGAGUGACUUACUUUAUGUUGGCCCCUUGCUUCAUUAGAAUCCAACAGAUGUGUUACUCAGAGGGAUUGGAACCGCUGUCAAUAUCGACCGGGAUUCACAAGGGGUAGUAGAUAGAGGGGGCUUGCAUGGUUGGGACUAUAAUGCUAGGAUGGUGCCCUGGUGAGAGAAAUGGAAUGAUAAUGAUAAUGAUAAUAGUAAUAGUAAUACUAGGUAGGGAGGAGAGAGCCCGGGGGGGUGUAUAUAAUAAAUACACAUACCCAAUAUCUAUAUGUAACAAAACUUGAAAUGAAGAGAUAAAACUUCAUGUCAGGCAAGACAAACAAUAGCAUCCUCCAUCCACCCAACACUCGGACCGAGCAAGGUACGGAGUAUAGACCUCGACAAGAAUACGCAAAAUAUCAAAUUCUUUU